AUGCUGUUGUGUGCACCUCUUGGGACAAUAUUUCGAUUGCUGCUUCAUCCGAAUCGCGUUUCGCCGAACACCAGAAGGGCUGUAAGUCUUUUUUGGGGCACAGCUCUGACGUGGUUUUGUUUCGAAUGGUGAGAUAAAAUAAUUUCUUGUCUUACGGAUUUUUUUUUUUGAAAUAUGGCCUGUUGAGUGGUGUUUUCCGAAAACACUGCACUUCAAUAAAUUUUUAAUUAAUUUAUAUUUUGAAUAACGGGUGGAUAUUUGUUUUUAUAAUUGAGAGAAAGAGGCGCAGCAACUUUUGUUUUUCACUUGUAUUUCAUAUUUACCUCUUUCAUAUUUUUAUUCUUUGCUUAACAUCCAAUGAAAAUUAAAAACAAUGUUUGUAUUCACAGCUAAUUACUAAGCAUCGCCAUGGGAAAAAUUAACUUCACAAAAACCCUUAAUCUUGAUAACGUUUGAAAAGCAUCUUUUGUGUAAUUAAGUCAGUAAUAAAAUUCUACACCUGAGUCUUCAAUAGUUUCCAACCUGAUGUUAGAGCCAUGACAACAAAUUACAUCAACCCUUUAAGUCCCACCAGAGACCAAAACAGAAUUUCUCCUUACACUAUCAGUACGAUAUCAAGCAGACAAGCAAUGAGAAUAAAGAAAAAUGUCAAUGAGGGGAUUAUUGGUUGAUUCAAUUCCAAAUUCUCCAAACUAACAUUACUUAAAUUGUAUGACAAACAGUAAGAGAAUUACUAAUGAAAUCUUGGGAGUUAAAGGGUUAAACCAAAUUCCUAACUGGCUUUCAUCAAAUCCAGAUCUCUUUGCCAACAGUGAUAUCAUUUGGAGACUCUUAAGUACUCAUAACUUUGAAGAAGUUCAUCUCCAAAUAACAUGAAUUUAUUCAUUUUGAUCAAGGAAACCCAAUUUGAACACUCUAAGAUAACAGUAGUAAAAAAAUAAUUCCCAAAAUGCCUAAUUUUAAUCCUCUCACUUCUAGAUCUCAUGAGUAAUUCUCCUUACUGUCUGCCAUACAAUUCUUAUGAUGUUAGUUUGGAGAAUUUGGUAUUAGGUAAACUAGUAAUUCCCAAAUUAAUAUUUUCUUUCAUUUUAUCACUUUCCUUCUUGAUAUAUUAACUCUUUAACUCCCAAGAUCUCAUUAGUAAUUCUCCUUACUGUCUGCCAAAUGAUUCUCAUUUUGUAAGUUUAGAGAAUUUGGUAUCGGAUCAAUUAGAAAUCCUAUUAUUGACAUUUUUCUUUAUUCUCAUCACUUGUCUGCAUGAUCUUGUAUAGAUAUACUAUGGAGAAAUUCUGUCUUGGUCACUCACAGGAAUUAAAGGGUUAAAGAGAAAUUUCCUCCUCAUCACUUGAAGGAGUUUUGAAAGAUUCAUCAAAGUCCAAUAAUUUGUUUUUGCAUAAUUUGUCUUCACUCCUUCUUGUGGAAUGUUUAUUGUGAGUCACCCCCCCCCCCCAGAUACAUUAACAUAAAACCCAUUUUUUAUUUUCCAUUCUUUCUCUUGACAGGCAAACCUUAAUCUUGAUCAGUUUUAGCAGCAUUUGUUACAUUCUCACAUGGCUUUUAAAUCCUUCAUUGGUCCACAAGUAGGUUAUCUCCCUAGGUAUAAUCACUGAUUCUUCCUAAUAUCCUCUGCCUCAAUUUCUUGCAGAAAGACUGUAACCCCUUUCUACCCUAAAAAGGAUAUGGCCAUCCCCAAAGCACUGAUUAUUGUUUUUUGGACAUUUAUUUGAUUAUUGUUUUUUUGGUGUAUAUAUAUAUAUAUAUAUAUAUAUAUAUAUAUAUAUAUAUAUAUAUAUAUAUUCGUUUGCCUGUUUCGUGAAUAAAAUGUAAUUCACCUAAACACUCUAAAGAGUGAAGCGAUUCCCCCAUCGUUUUUUCUCUGUAAUAUAUAUUUAUAUCAACAUUGAGCACUGUUCCUCUCGAAAAUCCCUUCCCUAUAUAUAUAUAUAUCAACCUUCCUCUCUCCCCUCCCUGAGUGACACACUCAGCUGCACCCCAUGUGCAACUUUUUUUUUUGUAACUGCUUUGUUAAGUAUGACUCUCAUAAUACUAAUACAAUAUACAAAAUAAAUAAAAAAUACAAGCUACAACAUGAACAGUUGUUUGUACUCACCACAUUUUGACCACAUCUGUGGUCUAUUUCUGAAGAGAAACAUCACAACAUAGAAUCUAUAUGUAAAAUAAAAAUGAAUGAUUACUGUAUAUUUUCAUUUUUUUCUUUUUUUUUUUUGCAAACCUUCCCUACAAAGUUUUCAUUUUUGUCCCUCAUUUUCUCCUGUACUAAUUCCACUCCUCAUCUCCUCCAAACAGAAUGCCCUCUCCCUCCCCUCCCAGCUUACAAGCCUCUCCUUUUUAAAUUUUUAUUUUAUAGAUAUGUGCUGAUAGUGUCAAUGGGCUUCAUGUCUGUUGCUCAUCUCUACAGACAAAUUACUGACUAUGGUGGUUACACUUUGGACUUUACAGGGUAGAUAUUUAUAUAUAUAUAUAUAUAUUAUAUAUAUAUUAUUUAUAAUAAUGAUGAUUACAGGAACUGAGCUGUGGACUUUCCAUGAGAUAGUGCUACCCUUGUUCACUGUUUCCAAGUCGAAUUGGAAGUUGGAACGAUUGUUUUUGAGGAGAGGGGGAAGGCAGAAGACCUGAAGAAAAACUCCCAGGGCAAAGACAAGAACCCACAACAAACUCAACUAAAAUGUGAUGCCAAGUUUGGGAAUUGAACUUGGGCCUCAGUGAUGAGACCCAUUAGCCCUUUGUGAGAAGGAACAAUAAAGGGCUAUUAUUUAAAAUGACAGCUUUAGAAACUCUUUGCAAUGGCAAAGUUACAUUAUUAACUCAUUUGACAAACCAAUUUAUCUUAUUUUUUUGAAAACAUCUUUUUCACUGUGCCAAAACAUAAAAAAUUUUAUCCGUCAUAUCUAGUUAUGGGCACUGUAAAUAUAUUCAGGAAUUUUUUUUUAUCUUUUUUUGACAGACCCCUGAUGGUUUUGGUACAAAAGAUCACUUAUGUGGCAUUCAGUGUCCAUGAUGGUAUGUAUUCAGAAUGGCACACAUUCUCCAUACUGUUCUCUAUACAAUUUUUAAGGUGCUGAUAGGGAGAAUUUGUUUAACAAUCAAUAGCUUCUUAAGUUGGUGAUCAUUUUCUUUAAUUCAUGUGACCUUAGCGUGUGAUUCAGGGGUGAUUUUGUAAAGAGAAAUUAAGUGCCAGUCACUCAGGGGUAGGUGAUUGGACACUGAGGUGAUGAAUUCUGGAAUAUAAUUGUAAGGUUGCUAACCCCUCUACUUAAAGAGAAAAAAUAUCAUUUAAACCUGUCAUUGACGUGCCAUUUUCAUCUUUUAUCUGUCGCUCUGACAGGGCUGGGAAGGGAUGAUAGCAAACUAACCGAAGAACAAAGGAAAUGCAGACUUGAGUAAGUUUAAGUAUUUAAAUCUCCAAUAUUCUGUUGCCUUCCCAAGGUUAACUGUUUUCAAAACAAACCAAAAUUAAAACAUACCUCAAAAACCAACAGAUAAGCUGCACUCACAGAUAAGCUACUCCUUGAGUUUGGCUACUCAAAUUUUGAAAAAAGAGUUUUUGAGAAGAAUUCCAAAGAAAUCACAAGUGAAGUCUUACAAAAGUUUCUUCAUAUCGAUUGCUUCAUGAAACAUGCAUGAAUGUUUAGUUAUUCUUAAUGUUUACAAUUAAAUGACCCAUCACAUAAACCAUGGGAUUAAGAGGGCUCCAGAGCCUUAAAAUGCCCAGCAAGGAGAUAAUGAAAAGCCUAAUUUAUUUUUCUAUUUUCCAGGAAAGUUCCAUCUUUAUUGGAGUACUUCAGCUAUUUAUUUCACUAUAGCACAAUACUUGUUGGACCUGUCUGCACCUUUAAAGAUUUUUGA